CGGGCCGUUAGGGCGCUCUCCGAGCUUGGAAGUGUAGUGUCUCCUCCUGGUUAUUCUGGGGUGGGGCGUUCGUGGGCUAACUCCACGUCGCUGCCCUGCCCACUGUCCCCGCUUUGUUCACGGCUCUUCGCGGCCGGUCGGCGCAGAAGACAGGCUGAGCUUCCUUCGGCCAAGUUUCCGGGACUUUGUGAGGGGACGGGCUGGGGAAGGGGUCUUGGGCGCGCGGGCGGCUGCCGUUUCGGUCGCUGAGAGCCGGCCCCACAGCCGUCCUUCCAGCACGCGCGCCCUCCCGGCUUUCAGAGCACCCCCAUCCAGGAUAAGAAGCAUUUCCGCCGGCUGUGUGGGGGGGAAAGAGGGAGCAGCUACCACGACCACUUUUUUCCUCCUCCCUCGUCAGUGCCUUCCCGGUCCCACCUCUGAGCCCGGUCCUCCGGGGCUUCCAGCCGGCCCCUCACACUGAAAGCAGACGCGGGAUUGGAGGAGGGAGUGUGGUCAGGGAUGGGAUUUAACAAACUCCUUGGGGACCUUGAUUCCCAGGGAAGCAUGGCAGUGACCCAGCACGGACUAGGGACCCCGUCAGGUAGCCCAGAAAGAGGGAGAUCAUACAAAUAGAUGUAAAGACCCGCUUAACAACAUGUGUGAACCUGUCUACAAAGCUGAGACAGGAUGUGAGGUGCGAAGAAUCCGGUUUCAACCAAGUGGUGUAUCAGAAAAAGAUGCCAUCUCAGUAUUGGUUUAUGUUUUUUUUCCACUGACCCUGUGGGUGAAGAUAUCCUUGACCAUUACAACUUCUGAAUAUGUUCCAGUUCAUCCGAUGUUCCAUCACCAGGUUGAGAGAUAUGAAGAUCUCCACGAGGAUUUGGAGAAGACUCCCGAUAGUUAUUGAAAUUCUGGACUAGAUCUACUAGGAAAGGUAAAUGGACUAUCAAGCAUUUGCCCAACAAACUACUCAAGAAAUUUUAGGUUACUAUCAAGAUACAUCGGGCUGGAAAGUGAUUAAGACUUCAAAAAAGAUAACUGUUUCCAGCAAGGCUUCUAAAAAAUUCCAUGGAAAUCUAUACCGUGUUGAAGGAGUAAUUCCAGAAUCAACAUCUCGACUAUCUGAUUUCCUCUACAGACCUGAAAACAGAGUUACAUGGGACAAAUCAUUGAAAGUGUACAACAUGGUACAAAAGAUUGAUUCGGAAACAUUCAUAUGUCAUACUAUUACACAAAGUUUUGCCAUGGGCUCAAUUUCCCCCCGAGACUUUAUCGACUUAGUGCAUCUGAAGUGCUGCGAAGGGAAUAUGGAUAUUAUCAGCUCUGCUAGCGUGGAUUUCCCCACAUAUCCUCCAUCUUCAAAUUACAUCCGUGGUUACAACCAUGCUUGUGGCUGUGUGUGUUCACCUCUGCAAGAGAACCCAGCACAUUCCAAACUAGUGAUGUUUGUCCAGACAGAAAUGAGAGGAAGAUUGGCCCCAUCAAUAAUUGAAGCAACCAUGCCUUCCCAUUUAGUAAGCUUCAUCCUCAAUGCAAAAGAUGGAAUAAAGACACACAAAAUUCCAUCAAGAUGUGGAUGUCAUCAUAAUGGGCAUUCAUCAUUCCUCAAGAAGUGAGGUCAUUUAAAAUCAUGUGUGGCAGUUCCUGCCAUUUACUUCUAAGUCAAUAUACAUAAAUACUGUUACACUAUUCUAGACAGUAUUCUUGAACAAAUUACUGAAGGAACUUUGUGAAAAUAAGAGCUCAUAGUUGUACAAGAGAACAGCAUUAAAUAUUGUUUUUAAUCUCACAUAAGAAUAAUGUUAAAUAACAAGUGUUCUUAAUGCACUUUUAUCUUUUGUUUUUUUCCCUGGAAAAUGCUCUGCAAAAAGCAUCAAAAAGAAAGCACAUAUAGUCAGAGGUCAGCAUUAAUUAAAGAUUAAAAUAUAUUUUAAA